AUGGGUCUCAAGCUCGGAGACCGAGAGGGCUCCGGCUCCCACUUGCCAGCGGGAGUGCUGGUUCUUGCCGGCGUGUCGACUGUGGUCGCCGUGGUGGUCUCGGCAUUCUCGAUAUAUCUGCAUCUGAAGAACUACAGGAAACCAGCACUCCAGAGGAUGGUUGUCCGAAUCAUGGUUAUGAUACCCAUCUACGCGGUUGCGUCCCUCAUCUCCCUCUUCUCCCUCGAAGCUGCCUUCUUCAUCGACGCUAUUAGGGAUGUAUACGAGGCAUUUGUCAUCUACUGCUUCUUCGUGCUGCUCCUCGUUUACCUCGGUGGCGAGCGCUCCUUGCUCAUCAUGAUGCACGGCCGGCCCCCGAAGGCGCCCCCCUUCCCCGCGAACAUCUUCACGAGGGAGAUCGACGUCAGCGACCCGUACACCUUCCUCUUUCUCAAGCGGGGGAUCAUGCAAUACGUCUAUGUCAAACCCAUCCUCGCCACCGCUACGCUCAUCCUCAAGGCCUGCAACAAGUACAAUGACGGCGACCUACGCGCCAACUCCGGCUACCUCUACGUCUCCGUCGUGUACAACGUCAGCAUCUGCCUCGCGCUCUACUGCCUCGCCAUCUUCUGGCUGUGCGUCAACGACGAUCUGAAGCCGUUCCGCCCGGUGCCAAAGUUUCUCUGCGUCAAGGGCAUCCUCUUCUUCUCCUUCUGGCAGUCGCUCGCCAUCUCCAUCCUCGUCGCGGCGGGCGCGAUCGCGCGCCUUGGGCCAUACACGGAUGCGGAGCGGAUAUCCCUCGGGCUGUCGGACACGCUGAUCUGCAUCGAGAUGCCGUUCUUUGCAAUCGCGCACUGGUACGCCUUCUCCUUCACGGACUUCGUGGACGAAACGAAGGCGUUCGUGGCCCGCAUGCCCUUCUACUACGCCUUACGCGACGCAUUCGGCAUCAAGGAUGUUGUCGAGGAUUUCAAGACGACGAUGCGUGGAGAGGGUAUGGACUACCGCGAAUUCGAGCCCUCGGAGGGCUUCAUACAUCAAGGUCUCGGCCGCGAGCGACGUAUUCGCGCAGGGCUGCGCUACAGCAAGGGCGGCAAGCGCAAGUACUGGUUGCCUCGCCCAGCAUCUGCGCGGGAUGACAACCCAGUCACGCGCGGUAUCCACCGCGCCCUGGACAAUGAGGACGCGCACGCGCCUCUCCUCGCCUCUGAAGCUGCCGACGUUGUGCACGCAGCCCCAGACAUGCGCCGAGACGCAGACGAAGACCAGUUGUAUGACCACUGCCGGCACUACAUCUUCGGGGACUACAACUACCCGUGCGUGGAUGUCAGCAGCGAGGCCGCGCGGCGG